GUAUCCGGGUUCGUGAAACUGGCGAGCGUCUGCCCUCCUCUGAGACCCCAACCAUAGUUCCUAAUCACGUCUCUUACUUUGAUGUCCUCGUGAGUCUGCUGUUGCCAUACAUCAUGUUUAUCGCGUCACAGGUUUUGUUGUCUUGUAACCGUCCAGUAUCAUUUGUCGCGAAGAAAGCAGUCGCUUCCUACCCGGUCAUCGGUGAUAUCGCCACCUCCUUGGGCAGCGU